AAUUUAUUAUUUAAGCGUUGAGAUACUCAUAAUUGGCUCCGUAUAUGAUCAACUACCCUUGUCGGGUAAUCUCUGCGCGAUUCCAAGCGACCACCAAUUUUCCCUUUAAUUGUGCCUUUCUUCCAUUUUCAACAUUGCUGAACCAGAAGGUACCUUCUUCCAUAUUUGGCUUUAACCCAAAAUAAUCAGACCUUAGCAUCUUAGAUAAUACUACACUUUGUAUAAUAACUUGAUCGAAUCCCUUCAGAAGCAGAUAUAUUUUCGGCAAAUCUGUUCGGACAAGAUACAAUAUGCAACGCGGCGACGUCGGAGGAUCUUCUUAUGGUCCACAGUACUAUUAUCCUCCCCAGUUUCAAAACCCUAACCCGACCUCUGCGCCAAGCGAUCCUCAAUACGCCCCUGCCACCACACCCUACGCAUCGGCUCCGCCGGUUUCAUCCGGUUACUCUUCUUCUGAUUACUCCAAUAAUUCCUCUAAUUAUCCUCUGUAUCACCAGAAUUCAGAUCAUGUCCCUAGUCAAGUCCCUCUGUAUCCGAACACCUUCCCUCACCUCGAGGCUCAGCAACCACCGGCCUAUUAUGCCUUCGAUCAACAUCAAAAUCAGCUGGGUUUGAGUUAUGAUCAUACGCCGGCAGCUCCUAAUUACAGUCUUCAGAACCAGAAUUCUAAUUCUGAUUCUCUUUCAUCAGCUCCUUAUCUGGCAAGCUCGCAUGAAAGCUCCAGAGGAACGAACUUCGAGAAUUCUUUCGAGAGCAAUGUGAAUUUUGGCGGAUAUGGUGGGUUGAAUGAUAGUGGUGUUUAUAAAUAUGGAGGGAAACUCGACAUUUAUGGUGGAAGUGGCCGUAGUAGACCUGAUGCUUCCAGUGAAGUGUUAUUUGAUGACUAUGGACGGCCAAUUAACCUUCCAGGUGGGAAGGAACUCAAGGGCUCCGGGAGUUUUCCUAAAAUUGUCAAAGCAGCGCCUAAGGUUGAUGAGCAUGAGGAUGCCAAGAGUGGUGUGCUUAAGUUUCGAGUCAAGCUUUUAUCAGAAGGCUAUGGCCAAACAGACAUGGACGUGCUUUGUCAGAUUGGAUUGGAUGGAAUUCGAAUACUCGAACCUGCUUCAAGUCGAUCUCUAAAAAUAUAUCCACUUGAGAACAUGGCAAGAUGGGAGGUAUUGGACUCAUAUAUAUUUGCAUUUUGGGCAAAAAGCUCACUUGAUGUUGAACUUAAACGGAUAAGGCUUAAAUCGAAUAGCUACACCACCAAUAACAUCUUGGAUGCAGUGACAGCAGCAAGUAUUCAGGUCAAGGAAAUGGCUGAAACUUCAGAUCUUAUUAAAGGUGGAUCUGAGCAACUUGCAGAAAAGAAGAAGGGUCUUGCUGAUUGGAUGAGAUUGGUGAAGCCACCCAAUGAAGAGAAAGAUCAUUGGGUUCCUGAUGAAUCAGUCACCAAGUGCACUAAUUGUAGGACUGACUUUAAUGCCUUUGUGAGAAGGCAUCACUGCAGGAACUGUGGGGAUAUCUUCUGCGACAAGUGCACACAAGGUAGAAUUGCUCUAACUGAAGAUGAUAAUGCUCAACCAGUUCGAGUUUGUGAUCAGUGCAUGGCAGAGGUGACUCAGAGGCUAAGCCAUGUCAAUAUAGCUUCUCAAAGGGUUAGUGGAUUGCAGAGCCAUGAGGAUCUUGCCAGAAAGCUUAAAGAGGAGAUGAGUAAGAAUCGCAGGGCAAUAGGCAGGAGUUCCGAUCAUUCUGGGAAGAUGAGAGAGGUUGCCUGCCCUAUUUGCACAGUGCAUCUGCAGGUUCAAGUUCCAGCUACUGGGUCAGAAACCAUAGAGUGCAGCGUUUGCCAGCAUCCUUUCCUCGUCAGUGCUCAUUGAGCUCUUUGUUACCUUUUGCUUUGCAUAUCUAACAACAGUGGUUCACUUGUAUAGGCAUUUUUCUUUGGAGGUAUAUUUUCGUUAAGUGUUUCAUGUUACCUUAAAGAUAUAAAGAAUUCAUCUGACUGCUAGGAUCAUUUCCUCAUCUCUACAGUAUAUAAGCUUGUUGUUCCAUAUUGUUUGUGUAUAUCAGUUUAUGUACACGGAUGAGAAUGUUGAUUUGUGUUGGGAAUUUGUUGAGGUAUGAAGAUUGUUCUUAUGCCCAUGGUUAUCUUGGCAUUAAUUUUUUCGCACUGAACAAAGGUCAUUGAAAUGAAAUUUGUGCUUUGUUUGGGUGAGAGUAAAUCGACCUC